AUGCAGACGGAUUUCGAGUCGGCUGCUCAACGGAGCUGCAAUGAGCAAUUUGAUUCCUGCCAAAAGGUAUAUCCUGCUGAUAACCAAAAUGGGUCGUCUCUGACCGGACUUGAUACAGAUAGCGAAUACAGACCCGUCGGCGUCCUUCUCGCUGCAAGAUUGUCAGAACCAGCUGAAAAGCUGCAUGUCAGUAUCAACGGUGCAGGCCACGGCGGCUAG